AUGUAUCGUCAAGCUCUCGCAAAGGCCCCCCUCCGCAGCGUCGCUGCUGCCUCAUCUCGCCGGGCAUUCUCCGUCUCUUCCCGCGUCAUGGCUGCUGGUGACACUGGCUCGCCGCCCAAGGUUGGUGGCCAAGGUGACGCUUUCCAGAGACGCGAGAAGGCCAACGAGGACUACGCCAUCAGGCAACGCGAGAAGGAGAAGCUGCUUGAGCUCAAGAAGAAGCUCGCCGAGCAGCAGCAGCACCUCAAGACUCUGAGCGAUCACAUGUGA